AUUAUAACCUUUUUCAACAUGGCGUUCUUUCGCUUGGCUAUAUUGAAUCAUUUUAGCACGUGUGUAAAAGUGCCAAAGUAAUUUUUUUGAAAAAUGGGUGACGAAGAAUACAAAAAUGGACCAGCUGGCUUGGAAACUGAGGGUAUGAUUGAAAGCAACUGGAAUGAAGUCGUCGACAAUUUUGAUGACAUGAACCUUAAGGAAGAAUUACUUCGUGGCAUUUACGCUUAUGGUUUCGAGCGUCCUUCGGCUAUUCAGCAACGCGCAAUUUUGCCAUGCAUCAAGGAGCAUGAUGUAAUUGCUCAAGCGCAAUCGGGUACUGGAAAAACGGCAACAUUUUCCAUUUCAAUUUUGCAACGAAUUGACACCAACUUGCGUGAAUGCCAAGCUCUCAUUUUGGCACCCACUCGGGAAUUGGCAACUCAAAUCCAAAAAGUUGUCAUCAAUUUGGGCGAAUUUUUGAAAGCCGAAUGUUCAGCGUGCAUCGGUGGUACCAACGUACGUGAAGACAUGCGGAAAUUAGAUUCAGGCGCUCAUGUGGUCGUUGGAACACCUGGCCGUGUUUUUGAUUUAAUUAAUCGUAAAGUGUUGCGUACGAACUACAUCAAAAUGUUCGUGCUUGACGAAGCCGAUGAAAUGUUGUCACGUGGUUUCAAGGACCAAAUUCAUGAUGUCUUCAAGACUCUUCCAUCGGACGUUCAAGUCGUACUUCUGUCGGCCACCAUGCCAACCGAUGUAUUGGAAGUGAGCAAGAGUUUCAUGCGAAACCCAGCUCGUAUCCUGGUCAAAAAGGAAGAAUUGACACUUGAAGGUAUCAAGCAGUUCUACGUCAAUGUGAAACAUGAGGAAUGGAAAGUUGGUACCUUGUGCGACAUCUACGAAACGCUAUCGGUGACUCAGGCUGUCAUUUUCUGCAAUACACGCCGUAAGGUCGAUCAAUUGACAGAAGAUUUGACUAGCAAACACUUUACGGUAUCAUCAUUGCACGGAGAUAUGGAUCAACGUGAACGUGAAUUGAUCAUGAAGCAAUUCCGCAGUGGUUCAUCGCGAGUUUUGAUAACUACUGACAUUUUGGCUCGUGGCAUUGACGUUCAACAAAUUUCUUUAGUUAUCAAUUACGAUUUACCAUCGAAUCGGGAGAACUACAUCCACAGAAUUGGUCGCGGUGGUCGAUUUGGUCGUAAAGGUGUAGCCAUCAACUUCAUCACUGACGAUGACAAGCGUGCACUCAAUGACAUUGAACAAUUUUACAACACCACCAUUGAAGAAAUGCCGGCUGAUGUCGUAAAUCUUUUGUAAAAAAAACAUACAAUCAAACAAACAAGAAAAAAACAAACAAAAAAACCGAAAGUAAAUUAAAAGCAUAUUUUGAGGAUGAUCAACGGCGAUAAUUUGCCAUCAAAAUGUCUACUAAACAACUCAAAAAAAUACAAAAGAGGAACACCAUCAAGCAUCAAUUUUGAACAUCUUAUUCAAUUGACACUAACUAAAGAAAAUAAGAAAAAUUCAAAUAAAAACGGAAAAAGAUUCGUAAAAUAAAACGGUGGUGUUUGUUUGUUUUUAUUUCUUUCAUGAUUCCAAGUAAGCUUAAUUUGACAGUAAACUACGACAUCGUAUAUUCAAAACAAAGAAUCUAAAUUAAGAAUUCAUCAACAGUCGCAAACUUCUUUAUUACAAUAAAUUUUAAAAUAAAAUAGCUAUGUAAUUAUAACACUUUUGUAACACAUUGAUUCUAGAAUAAAUAAAUGAUUGAUUGAUUUACUGUUUGAACAAUA